GAAACAAAGGAAGAGUUUCAGAGAGAAAGAAGAAAAGAGAAAAGAGAGAGAGAGAGAGAGACAGGGAGGCUAUAUAUAAACACUGAUAAAAAUCAGAAAAUAAUAAACACCUCUGCUCGCCUGAGAUUACGGACCUUCUAUAUACCACCAUUCAAAAAACAGAAAAAGCACCGACCCACAAACCCAAACUCGCGCUUUCAUCUCUCUGACUCUCUUCUCUCUUUUUUUCUUUUUUUUUUUUUUUUCGUUCACUCUAAAAAGCCGAACACUUUAUUUUUUUUUUUUUGUGGGUUAGUUUUUUUGGCACUCAUUUUCCUUCCCCGGAAAAUUCAACUUUUUUUUUUUCUUUCCCACAAAGUCUGGCCAUGUCGUCCGGUGGUACAAACAACUCUUGCAACGGUAGUCCAAGAGUGGCCGCCGCCGCCGCCGCCGGGGUGCCAACCACCACAAGGAGACGCGUGGCAGACCUACUGGAUGCCGAGAGAAAUUCUGGCGGCCUCUCCGAUGUCUCUGACGAGGAAGACGAAUCCAACGGCUCUAAUGGUGGGGCCCACCACCAUCAUCAUUACCACCAUUAUUACCAUCAUGUCCCUCUCAUUAAGAAUCUCCUCCUAGUCCGCCGACGGGCUUUUCACUGCCUCCCGGAGACUUGGUUGCUAUCCGUCGAAGAUGGGUUCUUGUGGGCGGCUGCGAUUGUUCAGUCUUUGAGAUCGGGGAGGAAUAUGGGCCGUAAGAUCUUCGUGUUAUUGAUGUUGAUGGUUGUUACGUUGUUCUUCGUCAAAGUUUCGUUUCUGAGUAAUAAUGAGGAGAUGAAGAGGACGGAGGGUGGGCUUUUGAUCUUACAGACUUUCAAGGAUGAUUUGGCCACGGCCCAUAAGGCAAUCACCGAGACCGAGACCGAGACCGAGACUUCCAUGCCUAAAUCUGUUCUUGAGAAGGUCUCUACUCCGGAGAUAUGGAUGAAACCGAACAGCGACAAUUUUGUGAGAUGCAUUUCUCGACCGAAGAAUCAAAUAAGGACACGUCGAAAAACGAAUGGUUACAUACUUGUUCAUGCCAACGGUGGAUUGAAUCAAAUGAGAACAGGGAUUUGUGAUAUGGUGGCUGUUGCAAAGAUUAUGAAUGCAACCCUUGUUCUUCCUUCCCUUGAUCACGAGUCGUUUUGGACAGAUCCAAGUGGCUUCAAAGAUAUAUUUGACUGGAGACAUUUCAUGAACGUUUUGAAAGAUGAUAUCGAUGUAGUUGAGUAUUUGCCACCCCGGUACGCAGCCAUGAAGCCCCUUUUGAAGGCCCCCAUCUCCUGGUCAAAGGCUAGUUAUUACAGAAGUGAGAUGAUUCCAUUGUUAAAGCGGCAUAAAGUGAUAAAGUUUACACACACUGAUUCUCGACUUGUUAAUAAUGGCCUUGCAUCUUCAAUCCAAAGGUUGAGGUGCCGUGCCAAUUAUGAGGCUCUCUGGUAUGCGAAGGAGAUUGAGGAUCUGGGUAAGGUUUUGGUUGAUAGACUGAGGACCAAUGGCGAGCCAUAUGUUGCUCUGCAUUUAAGGUAUGAGAAAGACAUGCUUGCAUUCACUGGCUGCAGCCACAACCUUACUGCACAAGAAGCUGAGGAACUUCGAAUAAUGAGGUACAGCGUCAAACAUUGGAAGGAGAAAGAGAUAGAUGGUGUAGCACGGAGAAUCGAAGGGGGAUGUCCAAUGUCCCCAAGAGAGGCAGCUAUGUUCCUCAAGGCCAUGGGAUACCCUUCCACUACAACUAUCUACAUUGUUGCUGGAAAAAUAUAUGGUGGCAAUAGCAUGGCAGCCUUUCGCUCAGAGUACCCCAAUGUGUUCACUCAUUCUACUCUUGCAACAGAAGAAGAGUUGGAGCCCUUCAAGCCAUAUCAAAAUCGUCUUGCUGCCCUGGACUAUAUUGUGGCACUUCAAAGUGAUGUGUUUGUUUAUACAUACGAUGGAAACAUGGCCAAGGCAGUGCAAGGGCAUAGAAGAUUUGAAGGAUUUCAAAAGACUAUUAACCCUGAUAGACAAAAUUUUGUCAGACUGAUUGAUCAGUUGGAUGGGGGUGCACUAUCAUGGGAAGAAUUUUCUUUGGAAGUUAAAAAUCUCCAUUCAAACAGACUUGGAGCGCCAUAUCUUAGACAAGUUGGAGAGUCACCAAGGUUGGAGGAGAACUUUUAUGCAAAUCCUCUUCCUGGUUGCAUCUGUAACAAGUCUCAGGAACAACAAAUGUUGAGGUUGAAACUUGAUGAGAGACAGAAUCUAUUAAGGGUGCAAAGAUAGUGUACAAUAGAGUAGUCACUAUUUAUUUCUCCAAUUGCAGCUGCUUUGGGUUUUUGAAGUGAACAGCUAUUUUUUUUCCCCAGUCAAGAGACUGUAGCUGCUCAUAAAGACACGAGAGGUUUGAGGUUCACCUUGUAAUUUGAAUAUAACAAAGUUCCAGUUUUGGUGUAAACAACAGAAAAAAAGGGCCUUUACCAGUGAUUUAGGAAAGCAGAAAAAUUCGUGUGUGAAGAAAAAUCAGAAUAUUUCCAGUGGCACAAGAGAAAAGAGACAAGAGAGACAAGAGACAAGAGACAGUGAAACAUCAUCCCUGGCAUCUGUCGAGUUAUAUAUUUCAUUGAUUCAUUAUUCUUUCUUUGAUUUUGAUUCGAAGCCAAUUUUUGCUUCACUAUGAAUUUGAUUGUAAUUUUUGGUACAGUUCAUAAUAGAUUCAGAAUAGAAAUCGGUUUCCACAUUUUCCUAGUA